AUUUGUUUUUACCGGCGCGACGACAAGAAACGAAUUAAGCCGGCAUUUUUUGUUGUACUUUUUGUUAAUUUUCUCGACAAUUAGUGCAAUUGAAAUUGUAUUUUUUGCAAAAGAAAAGUGCACAACUGUUUGCUAAACUCGCGCAAAUCUGGAUGCAUGCUGGGAUGAGAUGAUUGCCGUCGCAGAGCCGCCACUGGAAUUCAUUCCUCGCGGUCGUCAGGCGGCAGAGGAUCAUCCAGGACCCAGCGAACCGCCGCUGCCCAAAUAUUUGCCCGCCGAGCACUUGCUGCUGCAGCGUCUGCAGAACGUCAACAUCUCCGCGUCGGCCACGAACACCGCCGACGAGCAGCCGUCUCAAGAGUUUUGGUGCAUACGCGAAAUCUACGAUGACUACGAGUCCAGUUAUGCGCGUGCCCAGCGUCGCCAGCAGCUGAUUGAGCAGACCAAGAAAUGUGGACCAAAUGCGGCUGCAGCCACGCAGUUGACAUCACUGCCGCCGCAGCUGUUGAAUCCGGUGCAGCAGCCACACGACGAACCAAUGUGCGAUUACAUUGUGAACAACGAGGAGGAGCUGUAUGUGAACAAGAAUACGGUGAUUUGGACGCAAGGUUUGUACGAUGCCGAGGAUGAUGGCGGCGGCGUUCACAGGCGCAUGUGCUUCACCUGCGACACACCGGUGAAGUUCGCCUGCUUCCUCAAUCGUCGCUUUGUCCGCGGUCGUUUGGCUCAGUUGAGCGCCUCGAUGGCCAGUGAUGAUGACAAUCUAACGGCCAUUUGUGUGGUGGAACAGGAUGCGUUGCGUGUGUACUGCGACAAUGGCGAAGACUUUGUGGCCAAUCUCGAUUUCCCCAUCUCGCAUCUGUGGCAAACUGUUCAUGGCUUGCUGCUGGAGAAGGAUUCGAGUAAUGCACUUGUUUCGCAUCUUUCGAUUCCCAUGCCACGUCUGUUCUCCAUGUCGCAUCCGUUGCACGAAGCUUGUCCGGUUGUGCUGAAGACCUCAACGAAUUCCACGGGCUACAUGACCGAGCCGGAAUAUAGCGUUGUCUUCACCGCCGAGGAUUCGGAUUUGGUCUUGCUAUACGAUGCCAAGUUCUUUAAGCAUUUCGUAGCGCGUCUGCGCAAAGUAACGCCCGACGAGGUCAACAAUGUGAGUCAACAACAACAUCAGGAUCUGCUCAUGCAUCAGACGCUGCAGGGACAUCGCGGCACGCUCGGAUCCAGCACCAUUCACAGCUUCAGUUCCACCAAGAACACGGGAGCCACACCCAAGCUGAACACCACCUCGUUUGCCAUGCCGCAGACACACAACUUCUCCAAGUUCGGCAUGAGCCAAUCGCAAUCCUUCAGCGGUGUGUUGGGCCAAUCCAAUCGCGCCUCGUUGGGCACACCGUUGAGCCAUCUGCAGAACAGCAUUAGCCAGCAAUCGUUGUCUAUCAAGGAUAUGCGCAAAAUGACGCACGUAAAGCCGUCCAAACCGAUUGAGCCAGAGAUGUGCCUAGAGCACAUCUGGACGGAGAACACCUAUGGCACUCAACGCGAAUUCUGCGAAAUGGCAACGCGUGCUUUCAUUCACACCGAUCUCGUGGGCCAGACGUAUCUCUGUUAUUUGCUCGCCCGCUCCUGUCGCCUGCAGAUGGUGCUGCUCAAUGGCUACAACACCAGCGAACUGCAGCUCUCCACGUUGGCCUCCACGCUGCCGGCCAAAGAUGCGGUCGGAUUGCAGCGUUUGCAUAUGAUUGCUGUGCUCGAUCCCGGUGGCAAUUUGAUACUUUACACCGGCACCGUGCUCAUCUCCAAGGUGCACAUAACACCGCUGCUCUCGGCACCGACAACAGCAGGAGCGUCAUCAGCAGCAGCAGCAGCAGCUCCAUCAGCAGCAACAUCAUCAGCGAUGCCCGCACCAACAACAACGGGGGCUUCAUCGCAACCGCAUACGCCGAUGCAACAGUUGAAGGUGGCCAGCAGCUCAUCGUUUGUGGAGGUGCGUCGCAGCAGUCUGUUGCCCACAAAGGCGGCAGCCGAUCUGAGUGCCUUCGACGAUGAAUUGGAGCUGCACAUGCUGUCGCCAAUUCAACCCCAACCGUUGUCCUAUUCGCAGCGACAGGCGCACAACAUUUGCAAAGCACUCCGCGAUCCUGCGGGAAAUCGUUUGACUCUCGUCUAUGCCACCGGACGAAUGCUGCGCAUAACGCUGCCGCUGCUCAAUGACACGCGACUGAUCACACGCUGUGUGGCUGCACUGCGUCAGGUGCUGAAUCCCACGCAGUUUCUGCACUUUGUCAUUCGCUGGUACAGCGCUCGGAAUCCACCCGGUUCCCGGGACUAUAGCAUUGAGCAGGAGUGGCAAUUGUUUCGCAGCACUUUGCUCGGUUUGAUGGGUUGCAUGGCGGCAGCGAGUGAGCAGCAUGUCGUCGAUGUUGAUGAAUCGUUUGCUCGCUGUGCAACGCCACCGUUUCAACCGGCCACCGUCUGUCCAUCGACUCUGCCCCAGGAUGAGCCGAAGAAACGACGCAAGUACAACGAUUGCGAGGCGUACACCGAUGAUGAUUGGGAGUUCCUUUUGAUGCACACCACCUUGGCGCCGUGUGGCGGAGAUGGUGCCUACAGCGUGGAUGUUACGGCGCCGCUGUUUCGCACUCUGCCGGCUGUCUUUUACGGCUUGCAUUUGCUCUACGAGGAUCUCAAGCUGGAUUCGGUCUUUAACAGCGGUCUCAUCUAUCUCGGCACGUUCCUGCAUCAGCUGGCGAUUGAUAUGCAGCUGGAUAGCUAUAUAUUCCACUACCAACUGGACUUCCCUGAGCUGACGCACAAGACGACAAAGCUAACACUGCUCAGCUCGGAGCACGGAGCACUGAUGCUCUACCAGGAGCUGUUGCGCAUGCCGGCACCCAGCAUCUAUGCUCAACUGGAGCACGUUGUGCUCGGUCGCGAGGAAGUCGUGCCCUACAACUAUGUGGAGUGCAUCAACGAACGGAGUCGCAAUGUGGUGCAACUCGUGUCGCUGGUGAUGCACGGCCACACGAAGCUCAAGCAGUGGUGGCAACUCCUCGAAGUGUACGGCGCGGUGCAACUCAACUAUCCGAAGCGUGGCAAGCGGAGCAUAACGGCGACUUCACCACGAUGCCAUCAACUGUUGGAGCUGCUGCUGUGCAUGCAACUCACGCGACGCGACAUCGAACGUCUGCCGGCUGCGGUGCAUUUGAUUGUGGCCGAAACCCUGGAGCAGGCGCGUCUCCAGCCGCCGAUGGGAUGCAGUCAGGCGACCUACGAGUUGAUCCUGCGACCCGAGUUGGCGGCGCAUGCUCAGCUGCCGUUCCUUGAGGCGACACUGGCGCAACCGCAUUGCGGACGGGUGUACAAAGAGGAUUCGCUGUCGCCACGCUUGGCGCCCGCCAGCGGCGAGUGGCCGAUGGCCGAACCGGAUGCGGAGCAGUUGCGACACGAUGGCAUGGACAACAUGGAUACGAAACUGUUGCGUCUCCGCUUUCCCGACGACAUGCGCGUCGAGGAAGUGCGUCGACUGUUGAACAGCGCCGAUCCGGUGGCCAUCGAGGUGCAACAGUCGCCGGGGACCAGCGAUCACGAGUUCAUCGAGGAGCAGGAGAAACAACUCUUUGCGCUCUGCGCUCGCACCAUGACGCUGCCCCUGGGUCGGGGCAUGUUCACGCUUCGCACACUGUUGCCGCGUCCCAGCGAUCACAUGCCGAUGCCUAAGUUGUGUCUGGUUGGUCGGGAGCCCGUUAAGGGCACCACGAUUGAGAUGCAACAGAUUGAGUUCCCAGCGAAUAUGCACAUUUGGCCAUUGUUUCACAAUGGCGUCGCCACCGGGUUGAAGAUCUCACCGCAGGCGCUCGACAUUGACUCCACAUGGAUUGUGUACAACAAGCCGAAGACGCAGGGCAACAAUGCCCUCGAGCAUGCCGGCUUCCUGAUGGCCCUCGGCUUGAAUGGUCACCUCAAGUCGUUGUCGUUCAUGAGCGUCUACAAGUAUCUGGUGAAGUGCGAUGAGAUGACCAGCGUCGGUCUGCUGCUGGGCAUUUCGGCAGCCCAUCGCGGCAGCAUGGACACCAAGACCACCCGAUUGCUGAGCGUCCACUUGGAAGCCCUUUUGCCCGCCACCGCCAUGGAGCUGGACAUACCCCAGAGCACCCAAGUGGCAGCUCUGAUGGGCAUUGGUCUCCUGUAUCAGGGCUCCGCGAAGCGGCACAUUGCCGAGGUGCUGCUACAGGAGAUCGGGCGACCGCCGGGACCCGAGAUGGAGAACAGCGUCGAGCGUGAAUCCUAUGCCAUGACAGCGGGCUUGGCCCUCGGUCUAGUCACCCUCGGUCAGGGCGAGGCACCGGCGGGUUUGCGCGAUCUCCAGCUGCCGGAUACGCUGCACUAUUAUAUGGUCGGUGGUGUGAAGCGGCCCAUUGGAGGCUCCCAGAAGGAGAAGUAUCGCUUGGCCUCAUUCCAGGUGCGUGAGGGCGACAAUGUGAACAUUGAUGUCACUGCUCCCGGAGCCACUUUAGCGCUCGGACUCAUGUUCUUUGACUCGGGCAAUGUGGCGAUUGCCGAGUGGAUGCAGCCGCCGGAUUCGCGUUAUCUGUUGGACAUGGUUCGACCCGAUUUUCUGCUCUUGCGCACCAUUGCACGUGGUCUGAUCCUGUGGCAGGAUGUGCAGCCCACCAACGAAUGGUUCCAGGCGCAGUUUCCCCAAGCUCUGCGCGCUCAUCUGCGUUUGCCAUCGCGUGACGAUGAACAGUCCGAUGACAAUGACAUCGACUACGAGGCCAUCACUCAAGCUUAUUGCAAUAUUCUGGCUGGUGCCGCCUUUUGCAUUGGCCUCAAAUACGCUGGCACCGAGAAUCCCGUCGCCUUUACCACAUUGCGCACCGUGAUCAAGGAGUUCCUCGGCUUCCCCGGCACACCGAUGGGCGAAUGCGCCGGACGCACAACCGUCGAGAGCUGCUUGAUGGUCCUCCUCAUCUCCAUUUCGCUGGUCUUUGCCGGCUCCGGUAAUUGUGAAAUUCUUCGCAUCAUACGCUAUUUACGCUCACGCGUCGGUCCACAAUAUCCGCACAUUACCUAUGGCUCCCACAUGGCGAUACACAUGUCGUUGGGUCUGCUAUUCUUGGGCGCCGGUCGCUUUACCAUCGCCAAGACGCCAGAGUCCAUUGCGGCGUUGGUUUGUGCCUUCUUUCCCAAGUUUCCCAUACACAGCAACGACAAUCGUUAUCAUCUGCAGGCGCUGCGUCAUCUGUAUGUGCUGGCCGUGGAACCGCGACUCUUUCUGCCCCGCGACAUUGACACCCAUCAGCUGUGCCUGUGCAACAUCUCGGUGCUGGAGGUGGGCGCCACAGAGUUGCGCCGUCUCCCCAUUGCGCCCUGUAUUCUCCCCGAGCUGAGCACGCUGCAGCGAGUGAUUGUCGACGAUGAGAACUAUUGGCCGGUGUGCUUUGAGCGUUCACGCAACUGGCAUCAGCUGGAGAAGGCGCUGGAACUGUGUGCGCCCAUUGAUAUUAAGAAGCGCACCGGUUGCCUGUCGCAUCUGGAGGAUCCAGAUCGUUUGAAGAGCAUGCUGGCCCAAACGCUGACCACCGAACAGAGCAUUUGCUGGCAGGUUAACGUGAAUGAUUUGCAGCAGUUUGCCAGCGAACGUUUGGUCAAACCGUUCCUCAGCCGAUUCCUCCAAACGCAGGGCACAACGCUCAGCGUGGCCGAGCAGAGCAAGCGACAUCAGUUGAUGCUGCUCUUCUACAACGCUGUGGUCAAGGAUCGGAUGCAUCUGCUGCCCGUCUACCUGACGCUCUACGAUCAUGUCACACGACAGAUGGCGAACAACAAUGAUGUGUGGCAGGUGAAGCUGAUCGACGCCUAUUUGGGCAAAAGUCCCAAUGAGCAUACGCUCAUCUCGGUGGAACUCAUACAGAUGAUGCAGGAACUGUUCAAAAUGCAACUGGAGGCAUCCACGCGAGAGCUGUGCGUUCCGUUGCGCGAAUUCCUGUGCCAGAAGCGUUUGGAGCCGAGCUAUGUGGCAUGCAUCAAUGCCCACGAUUUGCAGCGUGUUUAUUGUGUUAUCAACUAUUACAAUCUGUUGCCGAAUCUGUUGAAUGGCGUCGAUAUGAGCAAUGGACCGAUUAAUUAUUUGCGCAUUAUGUUCGAGUUCCAGCAAUUGAAUCUCAGUCCUCACACGAUUUUUGGUUUGCUGAAAAUAUUUCAAUCGUUGCGGUGCGCCUUUAAUUUGGAAUAGUGUUAUCGAUAUUUAACGGAAACGAUUACGAUUGCAGCAGUUUGUUUUGCCAUCGAUGUGUGUUACAGCUUAAAUUUAUUUCUUGUUAUCGAUUGCGAGGCGAUGUGCUUUGCAAACAAACGCUGAGAUUCAACAGUUCAAAACACUCUUUUUUUUCCAUUAAAUGA